AUGCGUGGUGCUGAGGCAUUCUUGCCAGCCAAAUACGCGUCCAAGGCAAAAGACUGGGACGAGAACAAGAAGUUCAAGAGCGCCAUGAAGAAGGAGAAGCUCGACGAGGACCUUGCCUACGGCAGCAUUACCCCAAUGCCAGAGCCGGUGACUUCACCUACCACUUACUCCCGCCCACAAUAUGGCUACCCUCAGCCAGGACCGGGCAGCGGCCCUGGCGGACCUCCAGGCUCCUCUUACGGAACCUACAUGCCCGAUCCUCGGGCGUCUGGCAGCAGUAUUGCAACGACAGACGCCGGGUCGCGUUACGCGCCUCCAACGCAACGCAUGUCGACCUUGAGUGUGACUACGCCACACCACUCGGCUCACCUCUCGCUUUCAAGCGCGCCGCCCUCGCCCCUGCUCGAGUCCUACCACGGGACGUACCAGUCCAUGUCGCCAAUGCCUUCGCCUCUGCUCCUUCCCUCUAAUGGGCGCAACUCGCUCGACAUCAUUGAGCCUCUGUCACCCGGAGCGUCGGGCGACGAGUCCGGGGAUAAGAAGAAGCGGCGGGCACGGUUCCACGAUCCUGUUGACGAUGCUGCUCGACUGGCCAAGGCUCUCAAGGGAGACAAACGCUCGCCAGAUGUGGAGCCCCUCAUCGAAGUCCUUCCAGGCAUGUCUCACGAGCAGAUUAUGGAGCUUCGGGUCGAGUACAAGAGGCUGGUAAAGACUGGACCCGAGAGGAAGGGUGUUAAUGUCGCAAAGCAUAUCCGUGCCCGCCUGAAGGAUGAGGACCCGACGCUUAUGAAGGCUUGCUACUCCACAGCGCUGGGCAUGUGGGAGAGCGAGGCCUACUGGGCCAACUUCUGGUACCAGGGCGACAAGACGCGGCGCGAACUGCUCAUCGAGUCGCUUAUGGGGCGGACAAACGAGGAAAUCCACCAGAUCAAGGAGGCAUUCAGCGACAAGAAGUAUCGCGAUUCACUGACACAGUGCAUGAAGACGGAGCUCAAAGAGGACAAGUUCAAGCGAGCUGUGCUCAUGGUCCUAGAGGGUCAGCGCAUGGAAGAGCGUGACCGGUACGGCCGGCCUAUACCGCUUGACCACCGCCUCAUCUCCGAUGACGUGGAGGAGCUGUACAGGGCGGUGCGAGCCGAAAAGGGUGGUGAGACUGCAAUGCUGCAGAUUGUCAUCCAGCGCAGCGACUCUCAUCUAAGGGAGGUGCUGAAGCUGUAUGAGAAGACGACGAGAAGCAACUUUGCCAGAGAUUCGCUCAAGAAGAGUGGCAACCUAGUGGGAGAGGUGCUGGCUCACAUCCUGAACGGCAUCAUUAACAAGCCAGUGCGCGACGCUCUUCUGCUCAACCACGCCCUCAGCGCGACGAAGAAGGACUCACUACGCCGCGAAUUGCUCAUCUCACGAUUGGUGCGCUUCCACUGGGACCGCAAGCACAUGGCCCUUGUGAAGCGUGCGUACCGCGAACGCUACCACGAAGACCUAUCCGACGCGGUUCGUGAAGGCACCAGCGGCGACUGGGGCGCGUUUUGCGAGCAGCUGGUCGUGACGAGGAUGCCGGAUGACGUGAAGGUCGUGGAGAGGAUCCACAGUCGCGAGCGGAUGAGCGACCGAGAACGGGAACGGGAGAAGGAGCGAGAGCGAGAGGAGCGACUCCGGGAGCGGGAGAGACAGCUGGACCGCGAGGCAGAGAAGGCGCGCCGUGAGCGCGAGAAGGAGAAGGAGCGGGAGCGGGAUGCGGAGAAGAGACGAAGCCGCAGAGAUACCCUUGAAGUUGGCGGCGGCGGACGCAGCCGGGAGAAGAGCAGGGAGCGGAGUCGGAGCAGGAGACGGGACUAA